UUGCAGAACGGGACGGGUACUUCAGCUCGCUUGUGGCGGCUAUAGAACAACUGUAUCAGACUAACAACAACAAACCAGUGGUUCUGUUUGGCCAUUCCAUGGGCAGUGCAUGUGCCAAUUACUUCCUGAACUUUGCCAGGCAGCAGAUGGGUCAGGGGUGGCUGGAUGUGCACAUCCACACCUAUGUUGCGGCGGGUGGUCCAUGGCUGGGUGCACUCAAAGCCAUCCGCUCGGCCGUGGUGGGCGAAGACUUUGGGCUGCCCUUUAUCAACACGUCUGAGGCUCUGCUAAUGUGCCGGUCUAUGGGCAGUGGUGCGUGGUUGCUGCCCAGGGGUCCGUUGCUAGCGUCUCCUAUAGUGUAUGUGCGGGAGGAGGGAAGCUGGGUGGUAGGCCCGGUGACAGCCAGCUUUACCACAGAAUCCCAUGUGAAGAACACAGACACGGUCACCUUAACCGGCAGCUACCGCAAACACACAUUCAAAACUAAAUCCGACCGCAGCCAAGGUUCCCAUGUGUGGCCCAUGCGCUUCCAAGUGGCCAGUGCCCACGCCCACCAGCCACAGCCAUCGGAGAUUAUGCACUUCAAGGUGCUAGUGGGACGCUCGCAUAUAGGUGGGUGGGAGGGUGGAGGGGAGGGUAAGGGAUGUACGCUUAACACAGUCUACACGCUGGCGGAGGAGGAUACAAAGCUUGGGAGGAGGAUAAGGCACUCUCUCGAAGUCCUGCAACGAGCCAUCGAUUUGUAUGGGAUCCACGGCAUAAGCCUGAGUUUCAACGGCGGCAAAGACUGUACGCUAGUCCUAUACCUAUGGGUUGCGGCCUGCGUGAAGGCUGGCGAUCUCCUGGAAGACCCUAUCCACACUCUCUAUGUACUAGAGCACUUCUGCUUCACGGAGAUACAAGAGUUUGUCGAUAGCUGUGCACAGAGAUUUAAUUUAGAUUUAAUUACGAAGGAAGGCACCAUCAAAGAGGGGCUAGGUACAAUGCUCGGCAAGUAUCCGGAAAUCAAAGGGGUGAUCAUAGGAGCAAGGCAUACGGACCCGUUCUAUGGUAAUAUGGAUGAGCUACAGAUGACUGACGAAGAUUGGCCGCAAGUGAUGCGAAUACAUCCCAUCUUACAGUGGUCGUACCAGAACGUAUGGGAAUGUCUUCUGCGGAUUGGCGAGCCUGUAUGCGAAUUGUACAAGAAAGGGUACACAUCCGUGGGCAACACGCACAAUACGCAUCCUAAUCCUGCGCUGAGGAAUGAGAGUAUAGAAGGAGGGUACGAUCCUGCCUGGAAACUUACGGACGGCACUUUAGAGCGUGCCGGUCGGGAUAAGAAGAAAAGUUAGUAUAUUAAAAGAUUUUC